UUUUUUGGGAUAUUCUAAACAAUUUCUUUUUUAUUAAAAGAAAUCAAAUGGAAUUAAUACACUAUUCUUAUGCUAGAGUUGGUCUGAUGGGGAAUCCAUCAGAUGGAUAUUAUGGAAAAACCAUAUCUCUCUUAAUUUCAAAUUUUUUUGUUAAACUUACUUUAAUUCCAAAUCAUUUAAAAGAAAAUAGUAAAAUUUCUUUUCUUAAGAAUGGGGAUUCCAAUAAUGAUUGUGAUUUAUCAUUCGAUUCUUUAAAUUCUUUAGUUGGCAUAUCUAAAAGUAAGGGAUAUAAUAAAGAAAGUUGUUUAUUACAAGCUACUUGUAAAGUAUUUUCAGAAUAUUGUUCGAAAAAUAAUAUUGAUCUUCAUAACCAAGGGUUUUCGGUUCAUUUUAAUACAAAUAUUCCAAGACAAGUUGGUUUUGCAGGUUCUUCUGCUAUUAUAACAGCUUUUUGGAAAGCUUUAAUGAAUUUUUAUAACAUUUCUGAUGAAAAUAUUUCGUUACCUAUUCAAGCAAAUUUAAUACUUUCGGUUGAAAAAGAUGAAUUAAAAAUUUCGGCCGGAUUACAAGAUCGUGUAGUCCAAGUUUACGGCGGUUUAGUGUAUAUGGAUUUUAAUAAAGAUCAAAUGAUUAAACAUGGUUUUGGCAUAUAUGAAAGAUUAGAUAUUAAUUCAUUACCAAAAGGUUUAUGGAUUGCUUAUGAAUUAAAUCCUAGUGAUUCUGGUAAAAUUCAUAGCGAUGUGCGAAAAAGAUAUGAAAGAGGAGAUCAAAAAGUAAUCGAUGCGAUGAAACAAUUGAUAUCAUUUACUGAACAAGCACGUAACAUUUUAAUACACAAGAACGAAUCGAAACGAAGAGAACUUGCUAAACUUAUGAAUAAAAAUUUCGAAUUAAGACGCGAAAUUUUUGGAGAUCAAAUUUUAGGUCAAACGAAUUUAUUUAUAAUUGAAUUAGCUAGAAAGUAUAACUUUGCUGCUAAAUUUACUGGUUCUGGUGGCGCUAUAUUGGGACUUUGGAAUGGUGAUGAUGAUGAUUCAACAAUUCUAACGAACAUUGAAAAAUUAAAAAACGAAUUAGAAAAAAAAGAGAUUCGUUUUUGUUGGUUAAUUCCACAAGAAUGAACAUUAAAUAUAUUAUUAGUAAUUUAUUAUCGUAAAUGUUAUAUAUUACCUAUAGAUAUUUCUCAUUAAUUUAGGCAAAUAUCGUUAUAACGUAAUUUAAUUAAAUCAACAUGAUAUAAUAUAAUAAUAAAAUCCGUUUAG